CACCGAAAAUGUAAUCGUGCUAUUUUCUUCAGUAUAAUCUGUGAUCAUCCACUAUUAUCAAAAUACUUAAGUGAAACAAAACGUCGACGUUUUUAAAAGUCGAUGGUAUAUAUAAAGCGUGUAAAGGUAAAAGUGCUGCGGUAGUUUUUGGGGUGGGAGUUUCCAAAAUCAGAAAUAAAAAUGUAAACAUUAGGAGUAGAUAGUUGCUUAGCACUAUAGCUUCUUCGAUAGAAAACUGUGUUAAUUAACAAAGAGAUUUCUGUUUGGAGUUCUGUUUUCCUGAAGAUUUUCCUGGUAUAUCGUGACAUCAAGAUGAAGCUUCACGAGAAAAAAGAGUCUGCAAUUCACAAGGUACAGGAGGUUCCCCUCGAUGAGGUGAAUUUAACAAAGGAGUACGAUGUAGAAAAAACCCUAGGAGAAGGUAGUUUCGCCAAGGUUUUAUUGGCUACCCACAAAAAAACUCAGACCAAAGUAGUCUUAAAAGCCGUGCACCAAGAACUGACUUCGGAGAAAGAUUUCUUUAGAGAAUUUCACUUUUCCUAUCACCUAUCACCUCAUCCAAACAUCCUCAGUUCGUACGCAGUUGCCUUCAAAGCAGAAAACUGCUACGUCUUCGCCCAAGAAUUCGCCCCCUUUGGAGACCUUGCAGGAAACGUAAGAGCCGGAGGAUUAUCUGAGGAUGUCUGCAAAAAAAUCGCAUCUCAGUUAGCAUCUGCUCUUGAUUUUAUGCACUCAAAACAACUCGCACAUCGAGAUGUCAAACUCGAAAACAUUCUUGUAUUUGCACAAGACAUGUCUAAAAUCAAACUCUGCGAUUUUGGUUGCACAAAGCGGGAAGGAUCUCUGGUCAGUAAAAUCACUUGCACCUGGGUGCAAUUCUUGCCACCGGAAAUUCACGAGGUCAUCAAAAAUGAAAGGUACACCUGCAAGAAGAGCGCUGAUUGUUGGCAAUUCGGUAUUGUCCUUUUUGUUUGUUUAACUGGAAACCCUCCUUGGCAAAGUGCUGUUCCUAUUCAGGAUCCGGAUUACUCAGCCUUUCAACGAUGGUUAAAAACACGGCUGAAUGUUCCACCAAACUUCAGGAGAUUCACACCGAGGCUCCUGAGGUUUUUCAGGCGAAUAUUUGAACACAAACCCGAUAAGAGGCCACAAGUGACGGAGAUCAACAAGUACCUGAAGGAUAAUUGGUUUGUCAAUAAAAUAAGCCAUAGUGCAACCUCCACUUCAGUUGAUGUGAGCGAGAGCUUUCUGAAGAAGGCAGAAAGUCUUAUGUACUUGGACACUAUGAUUGAUGACCGGCAUAAUAUUGAUGAGAACAAAAACAAAUUAAGGAAGCUUCUCAGCAGCUAUGGCCUUGAAACCACUGUAGACCAGAAAGUUGUGACCAAAAGGAUUUGGGAAUGGGUGAUGCAGUGUGAUUCAAACGUGGGAGAAUCGGGACUGAUCAGUGGAUUUGGUACAGAUUCUAUGUGAGAGAUGGUUAAGUCUUCGAGUGAGCCGUGUCUGAAAACAAUGAAACAGGAACGAAAGUUCAGCCUCGUAGGCAUCGGCCUACCGUUUAAAGAUACCAAACGCUGAAAUCGUGAUGAACCAAAGUGUCUCUGUGAUCUCUGUUAAAUUUAAUGUUACGUAUUACCUAGCCGGUGACUGAUUAUUCAUCAAUCAGAAUGAAUAUUUUUUCUUCGAUCAUUCACCGUUUCUGAUAGAUGAAACAUCAGUCCUAUAGUAUUAUCCUACACUCGUUAAACCUACUCGAAUAUGAAAAAAUGCUCCAACAAGAGUAUUUCUAUACUUAGAUAAGGUUCAAGUAGUCAAUUUCUAAACCUGACCAACUGUUGAUACCAAUUAGCAGGGUGUCUACGUGUACAGAAGAACUUUAUUGCCUAUUAACCUUUUUCGAAAAAUAUAUCCCGGAAACAGACGGAAAAUAUUUAUGUUCCCCCUAAUGAGUAUAUCAUCUGUUCAAAGGCCCCUCAGAAGACUCUCAAGAUAAAUAUACCCGUUUGACGUAUUCCGACGCUUGGUGGGCUAUACGUAAUGACAAUAAUGCUUCCAAAAAUAAUUUACGAUACACUGUCAUUACUAAUAAUAAAAAUUCGUUUCUUACGAGACUCGAAUCAGGUUUCUUCUGUAAUUUAAAGAAAGCGAUUACACUUACACAAGUGGUCAUAGACGUGUCGGAUUCUGCCAAAUAUAUAUGUUUUUAAUGAAUCACGCCGUAACAAUAAAUAGAGGUGAGAAGACGUAAGUCAAAAAGCGGUCGUCUCCGUCACAAAAUCCACUAAGUGAAGUAGGCAAAAAUAUGGAAAAAUGUUACGAAUAUUGUAGACAAUGUACAUACCUAUAUAUUAAAAGCACACAUAUUCUUGUUAGAGAUUUAUGUGACGUGUAAAAACAUGUAUAAGCCACUAAAAAGUACUGUUGUCAGAAAUUUCUGUCAACAGUUGUUUUUAUAAGAAAGUGGAAAUUCUACUCUUUGAAACUAAACGUCGUGCAUAUGAAAUUUUUAUUUGUUUGUAAAUUAAUCCUCCUUGCAUUACAUAAAUAGAGAGCUUUUUCUUCAGUAAGAGUUUGGAGGAAAUUUCAGAAAAAUAAAAAAAUAUAACAAUAUUCGUAUUUAAAAUCGCUAUUUACACAAAGUCAAUUAAAGUAUAAAUGUGACACAGAUCGAUAAAAUCGAUCAUAAAUGACUGCUAAUUAAGUGUAAGUCACGACUAAAAACAUGGAUAUUACAUUUUAAUUUAUAUAUUUCUCUUAAAAUUUAAGAAAACAGACUUACAUCUAUUGAAAUAAAAUUAAAAAUCUUGAGGACUGCGUACUAAGAAAUGGGUGCCACCUUGCUCUAGUCAAUCAUGAGAUUAUAUAAGAAACAAUGCCAGUACGUAUUUUUUAAACGUAUAUUUUUAUUUAAUCCUUGGGUCCAAUAUAUAAGUAGUGAGCAAAUCUUAAUAAGGUAAAUUUAAAAAUAAUAUUGGAAAUAAAUACUCAUCGAUACGACGUUAAGUUUCAACCAUCGGUAUUUUAUAAUACAGGUGAUAUGGAGUGGAUAAACGCCCUUUAGUCCUAUUUUUACUGCACAAGAAACAAAUUUUAUUUUCAUGGUUUUUUUCCUAGAAAACUAAAAAUAUAAAAUGAUCUCAAUGUUAUUAUCGGUGUCGUCAAUAUCAUGGCUGUAAUAAAAGGAAUUGAGAUAUUUUGGACUGAAGGGUGUAAGUAAAAGCGUUACAUUGUUGUGAAAUUCAAACCUAGAUUGUGUGUAAUAGAACUGUAUAAGGCAGUACAUUUUUUCUUAAAGAAAAGUCUUUCAUUUUAUUAAAGCAUUUUUAGAAACAAGAAUUAUAUUUUUAAUUCAGAGUAAGAAAACGAUGUUCACAGAUACGUCGUCUAUAAAACUUAAUCUUAAGGAAAUUAGUUUUACUAUCCAGACACAACGGUGUCGAAACCGAUAAGUCAAAAUUAUUCGUAAAAGCUUUACGAAAAUAUUACUCAUAUAUUUCUUUUAGACCUCUGAUCUACUCAUCUUUUGAUUUAAUUUUGUGGCUUUAAUUCAUGAAACAAUGUGGAUAAUGAUGAAUAAAGAUAAAUUCUUACUGGAUUUAUAUUAAAACAUUCGAUUGUGUCGUACGUACCUUUCUACAUUUUGUACAUUUUGAAACGCAAACUUACGACGCAAACUAAUAGCGAUUCCAUAGACAAAAAGAGGGAAGAAAAACGUGUAUUAUAGUAUGUAUAUGUAGGUGUAGAAUGAUGUUUUGUAUAUAUUGAAAUAAAAGUUGAUAUUGUACA